GGUGGCUUUUGUGCUGUCCCGUUUGCCUCCUGGCUCAGCUUGAGCUCACUCUGUGACUGUGUCUCGCAGCUGAACCCCGACUGGAGCAAGUACGAUGACAGGUUAAUGAAGGCAGCUGAGAGGGGCGAUGUGGAGAAGGUUUCAUCCAUCCUGGCCAAGAAAGGGGUCAGUCCCACCAAGCUGGAUGUGGAAGGGAGAUCCGCGUUCCAUGUUGUAGCAUCGAAGGGAAACCUGGAUUGCCUGAACACCAUCCUGGUGCACGGAGUUGAUAUCACAGCCACGGAUGCUGCAGGCAGAAACGCCCUGCAUUUGGCUGCAAAGUAUGGCCAUGCUUUGUGCUUGCAGAAGCUCUUGCAGUACAAUUGUCCAACAGAGAACGUGGAUCUCCAGGGAAGAACUGCUCUUCAUGAUGCAGCCAUGUCCGACUGCUCCGCCAGCAUCCAGCUGCUCUGCGACCACGGCGCUGCCGUCAACUCCAAGGACGGGGACGGGAGGACACCGCUGGUGCUGGCCACCCAGAUGUGUCGCCCCGCGGUCUGCCAGCUGCUCAUCGACAGGGGGGCCGAUGUCAACGCCAGGGACAAGCAGAGCAGGACUGCCCUGAUGCUGGGCUGUGAGUAUGGCUGCAAGGAUGCCGUGGAGGUGCUGCUCAGGAACGGUGCUGACGUUGGCUUGACCGACGGCCUCGGGCACGACUGCGCUUACUAUGCCAGGAUUGGGGACAAUAUCGACAUUUUGGCUUUAAUAAAAGCUGCCCUUGAGGACUCCAGCAGAGGAAGAGACAGCGUGAAGAGAGGGCAGGCUGAGCAGAAGGUCACCAGCGCGUCCCAGAAGUGGGGCCGGGGCUAUGGAGCGCAGGAGGAGCUCAGAAUGUUCCAGAAGGAGCCCAGUGCUCAGGAGUUGGAGUUGGAAAACCAAGAUUUGAAAGAUCGAAUGAGAGAAGUGCAGGAGGAGCAGAGGAUGCUGCUGGACAGGAUCAGUGGGCUGCAGCUGCAGCUGACUGAGGAGCAAAUGUUUGCAGAUGAUCUUGAGAAUGAGAAAGAUGAGUUGAAGAAAAUCCUGACUACCAAGGAAAAGCAGCAGGAAGAAAGUUUAAGGACUAUUGAAGCUCUCAAAGCUAAACUCAAGUAUUAUGAAGGUGAGUCUGCAGGGUCUGGAGGUAACUUUGGAAACAGGAAAGAAGAUUUAUUGCUUAAACAAGGCCAAGCACUUGCAGUGGAGUCCCAGUCCAGGUCUAUGCUGAGGCCCCUGGAGCUCUCCCUGCCCACCCAGUCACCCAGCUCAGAGAAGGAAACUUUGAAGAAGGAACUGGAGAGCCUGAGGAGCUGCUUUGGUGCAGCCAAGGAGGAGAUCAGCAGGCUGCAGAGGGAGCUGGCCCUGAAGGGCUCCGAGUGCCAAGCCCUGGCCUCGGAGUGCCAGAGGAGCAAGGCGGAGGCAGACGGGCAGAUCAGACAGCUGGAGGAUGCUCUGAAGGACGUGCAGAAGAGGAUGUUUGACUCUGAGGGCAAAGUGAAGCAGAUGCAGAGCCACUUCCUCGCUCUCAAGGACCACCUGAGCAACGAGGUGGCCUCGGGGAGCACCAAGGCCACCGAGGAGCUCAAGGAGCAGCUCCGGGAGAUGAAAACCAAGUACGAGGGAGCCUCUGCUGAGGUGGGGAAACUGAGGAACCAGAUCAAGCAGAAUGAAUUGCUGGUGGCAGAGUUCCAGAGGGACGAGGGGAGGCUGGUGGAGGAAAACAAAAGGUUGCAGAAGGAGCUUGUCAGGUUGGAGACGGAGAGAGAUAAAAGGGGCAGGAAUGUCGAGGAGUUGGAAGGGCAGCUGAGAGAGACAGCAGCCAAACUGGCCCAGUCUGUGAGCGCAGAGAAGUUUGAGAACAUGAAGAGUUUGCUGUCAAACGAGGUGAAUGAGAAAGCGAGGAGAUUAGCAGAGGUGGAGGGGGAGCGGGAGAAGCUGCAGGCAGAGGUUGUGCUGUUACAGAGGGAGUCUGAGAGCCAGAGAGCUCAGCUGGCACAGCGUGUGAAGCCAGAGGAGCACGAGCAGAUGAGGAGUGGGUUUGAGCAGAGGAAAGAGGAGCUGGGGAAGGCAAUUUCUGAGCUAUCUCAGAAGAAUGAGACUCUGCAGAAGGAACUUGAAAGAUUGCAGGCUGAUAACAAGGUGCUGAAGCAGCAAGUCCAGAUGCUAAAAACUGAAAUUAAAAGCCAGAACGUGCCUUUAAAAAUUCAUGAGGAGUUGAAGAAAACAAACGAUCUGGCUGUGGGUGACCUGACAAAAAAGCUUUUUGAAAUAACAAAGAAGUACAAUGAAAGCAAAGCAGAAGCUGAAAAGCUGCUGGCAGAGAAGAAGGACUUAAGUGAGAACAUCAGCCACUUGCAAGCUGCCUACCUGUCUCCAGAGCAGCACAAGAAAGAGGUGGAAGCUUUAAAAUCGAAUGGGAUUGCCCUUGAAAAGCAGCUUGCUGAGCUCCAGGAGAAAUAGGUGAGCGAGAACACAGGCUUGAGGGACACCCUGAGGGAUCAGUACGUGCUGGCCACCACGCACGAGGAGGUCAAAACUGCCCUGAACAGCACCCUGGAAAAGACCAACGGGGAGCUGUCAGAUCUGAAGGGCAAAAUUGGAGAGAUAAAGCAAGAGUUCCUGAGGGUAAAUGAAGAAAAUGGAGCUUUAAAAGAUCAGGUGAAACUCUUACAGAAGCAAUUAAAGACGGAGUAUAUAAGUUUAAAGGAUCACGAAACCACGGUAAAUACUUUAAAUAAAAGCGUGCAAGAGCUGCAGGAGAACAAUGCUGCCGUUAGGGCUGAGCACGAGAGGGGGCAGGAUGAAAUCUCACAGCUGCACGCAGAAAUCGAAGCCCAGAAGAAGGAACUGGACACAAUUCAAGAGUGCAUCAAGUCAAAAUAUGCCCCGGUGGCCUCCUUUGAGGAGAGGGAGCAGAGCUUGGAGGCCACAGUGAAGGAAUUAAGGGCAGAGCUGCAGGAGCAGGAGCAGAGGCGCAGGGAGAGCGAGGAGGAGGCGCAGAGGUGCAGGGAGGAGAAGGAGAAGCUGCAGAGCGGGGUUGUGUCCAUCCAGAGGGACCUGCAGCAGAGCCACGUGCUGGCCGAGAGGUCCCGCCAGCUGGAGCGGCUGUGUGCCCGCGGCAUGGAGGAGCUCAACCUGCAGCUGAGGGUUCUGCUGGGCAAGUACUCGGGGCAGGAGGGCCAGGAGGGGCAGCAGGACGGGGCCCUGGCGCAGCAGCCCCCGGCACAGCAGGUGGAGGCGCUGAGGGAGGCUCUGGCUCGCACGGUGCAGGAGCUGCAGGAGGCCCUGAGCAGGAAGGAGGAGCGAUACGGCCGGGAGACGCUCCUGGUGCGGGAGCUGCAGCGGGAGCUGGCCGAGCUGAAGGAGGGCUCGGUGCCUCUGGGGGAACACACCCAGCUGAAGGAAGGGCUGCAGGGGGAGAUGGCGGCCCUCAAGUCCAGCCUGAAGGAGAAGGAGGCGGAAAGCCAAGCCAAGAGCGAGGAGGUGCUGGGGCUGCAGGAGGAGCUGCGGCUGAGCCAGCGGGCCUUGGCCGAGCUGCAGGGCCAGCAGGAGGUGGCUGUGGCAGAGUACAGCUCCAUGAAGAGCGCCCUGGAGGCCCAGGUCAGCAGCAUGGCUGGCCACCUGGCCAGCAUGAGCCACAAGUACGAGCAGGCCUGCGAGGAGGCUCUGCAGGCCAGGAGGAGCGAGCUGUCCCUCAAGGACGAGAAGGAGCUGCUCCAGCUGCGCAGCUGCAGCAUCGAGCAGGAGAUCAAGGACCAGAAGGAAAGGUGUGACAAAUCGCUGACAACCAUUAUUGACCUGCAGAAGAGGAUCCAGGAGUCUGCAAAGCAGGUGGAAGCCAAGGACAACAAGAUAACAGAGCUGCUGAACGACGUGGAGCGGUUGAAGCAGGCUCUCAACGGCUUGUCCCAGCUGACAUACACCACUGGGAUCCCCUCCAAGAGGCACAACCAGCAGGUGGAACUGCUCCAGAGCCAAGUGAAAACACUCCAGCAGCAGCUGGCUGACGCCAAGCGGCAGCACCAGGAGGUGGUGUCGGUGUACAGGACACACCUGCUCAGCGCUGUCCAGGGUCACAUGGAUGAAGAUGUCCAGGCUGCCCUGCUGCAGAUCAUCCGGAUGAGGCAGGGCCUGGUUUGCUGAGGGCUGCUGCGCCUGUGGGAUGAGAACCUUCAGGGCUUUAUGUGGAUAUUAA